AUCGAUUCAACAAAUUUCAUUUUCGAAAUUUAUUCAAGAAUGACUUUUGAAUUUGUUCAUCAUCAGGUCAACUUGUUCCAAUUAAAGCUUUUCAUAGUCGUGCUCAACUUGUUAAUGUUACUGCUGAAGUUGUUCUCUAUCAAGUUUAUCAUAAUACAGAUUCGAUUCCCAUUGAAGCUAAAUAUGUAUUUCCUUUUGAUGAAAAUUCUUCUGUCUGUGGUUUUGAAGUUCUUAUUAAUAAUAUCAUCAUUAAAUGUGUUGUUAAAGAAAAAGAACAAACUAAACGUGAAUAUCGUGAAGCUAUUGAAAAAAAAAAUCAUGCUAAAAUAACUUCAUGGCAAUCAAAACAAGCUCUAGAAAUAAACGAUCAAACAAUAAUUUCAUCAAUUAAUCUCGAACAAGGCUAUGCUUCAACGAAAUCGAUUGACUUUAGUCUUACAGCAACAAUACGAACGCCAUAUGAAAUAAAAUUAUAUUCACCAAUACAUUGA